CCCGCCCCGGCGGCCGCCAGACGUGCCGGCAGUCACAGGGUAGCGCACGUCGCUCCCGUCCACCCACUCGCCCGCAUUUAACCCGGGCCGCCGCCGCCCCGCCGCUCCUCAGCCCGCGCGGCCACGGCAUGAGCGGCUGAGCGCCCCGGCCGCUCCGCUCCCCGCACGGCCAUGGAGCGCCAGCCGCCGCCCGGCUGCCUGGGCAAGCUGUCCGCCCUGGAGAACGGCGACCUGCCGGGGCUGGACUUCGCGCACAUGUACCAAGUUUACAAGCCCAGGAGGGGGUUAAAGAGGAGCGAGGAUAAUAAGGAGACCUACAAGUUGCCUCACAGGCUGAUAGAGAAGAAGAGGCGCGACAGGAUUAACGAGUGCAUCGCCCAGCUGAAGGACCUGCUGCCCGAGCAUCUCAAGCUGACGACUCUAGGUCACUUGGAGAAGGCUGUGGUUCUCGAGCUUACCUUGAAGCAUGUGAAAGCAUUAACCAAUCUCAUCGAGCAGCAGCAGCAGAAAAUCAUUGCUUUGCAGAAUGGUUUACAAGCAGGUGACCUGUCAUCAAGAAACCUUGAUUCCAGCCAGGAAAUGUUUCGAUCCGGUUUCCAGAUGUGUGCCAAGGAAAUGCUGCAAUACCUGGCAAAGCAUGAGAACAGCAAGGACCUGAAGUCGUCCCAGCUGGUCAGCCAUCUGCACCGAAUGGCCUCCGAGGUGCUCCAGGGCGGAGCCGGCCGCAAGUCUGGAGACUUCCCUCCUAAAAUGGUGGACUUAAAAGAGAAACCCGUCUCCUUGACCAAAGCGGCAGAGGGACAUGGGAAAAACUGUGUGCCUGUGAUCCAGAGGACAUUUGCUCACUCCAGUGGGGAGCAGAGUGGCAGCGACACAGACACAGACAGUGGGUACGGGGGAGAGCUGGAGAAAAGUGACUCCAAAUCUGAACAGCAGUAUUUCAAAAAGGAUACUGAACUCAACUAUGCUGUCCAGGAGAGAAUAAGCUCUAUUAAGCAAGAGACUGAGGACCCACCAGCCAAAAGGAGCAGGCUGGAGUCGCCGGAGGAUGAGGUCCCUUUUGGCAGCGACAUGAUGGGCUCUUCCAGCAGCUUCCUGGGCCCCCAUGCUCACCAGCCUCCCUUGUGCCUGCCUUUCUAUUUGAUCCCACCAUCCGCCACAGCCUAUCUGCCCAUGCUGGAGAAAUGCUGGUACCCAGCGUCCGUACCUGUCUUGUACCCCAGCCUCCCAGCCUCUGCCGCAGCGCUUACGGGGUUCAUGAACCCCGAUAAAAUCUCCCCACCUCUGCUGAUGCCCCAGAGACUCCCUUCUCCCAUACCGGCCCAUUCCCCUAUCGACUCCUCGGCUCUGCUUCAAGCUUUGAAGCAGAUUCCUCCUUUGAACUUGGAAACCAAAGACUAAGCACAGUGUGACUUUUUUUUUUUUUUUUUUUUUGUUUAGUUUGAGACUGUUUCACUUUUCUAUAUUGGCUGGACUGAGGUGUGGGGACAAAGUUCAUUGCACGUAGGAAGCUAAAUACUCCCCUUUUCUCUGACUUGUCAGGUAGCUUAAGAGAAGGAUGAAGGAUGCGCCCAGGUUAGUGAUUCAGAACUACUUCCAAAACAUGAAAAAAAAAAUGGGUUUUCUGCUUUACCCAUUACCUUCUUCCCUCUCCGCAUCUACAGAACAACAGUUGACUUGGUCAGCUGUGACUAUAUUGCAAAGCUGUGAAAAAAUACUCCCAUUAGGCAGAUUUGAGUUUAGUGUCGUGAAUAUAAAAAUAUGGUACUUCUCGUAAGGGCUUUUAAGGCAGUGGCCCCACUGCUGGUAGUUUGAGUCAAACUGAUUUAAUGCCCCAGCAGUCGCCAGUGUCUGAGUGACCGGCGCAGCCGCCCGGAGCACGGUGGUGGUGGCAAUGCCACCGAACGCGGAGGACGAGCAGAGCAGCGGUCACUGCUUGGUCAUGCACAGUCGGGUAGACAUAAGACGGGUUUCUCUCCACACCUUUUGCUGAGAGAUAUAUAUAUAUAUAUAUAUAUACACACACACACACAGACUUUUUUU